GGCAGAGGAUUUGACAGGCGCUUGUUUUGAUUCGACACAAUGUCGUUCACAGUAGUAAUAACGGAGUUAUGAAGUGCUGUGGCUUCCGUAAAGUCCUAUGGUGAAGCUGAAUAUUGUCAAGACACUGUCAAGGAUUGCCAGUAUUGGAAUUUAAUUAAGUUUUGCUUGCUUGUACAACUAUCUUUGAAGUUGUAUGAUAAAAGAAUGUCAGAAUGGCAGAUCAAGAUGAAAAUUGGAAAGAAUUGGCUGCGCAGAAGGAAAGAGAAUGGAAGGAAGUCACAAAUCUGAGAAUGCAAACCCUAGAAGCAGCUUACAAAGAUAAGGACAGACAACUUCAAGAAGAAAAGGCAAAAUUCACAAAACUUAAGGAAGAUUUCAAAUACAACCUGAAAGUGCUUGAGGAGAGAGACAAGGAACUAGAAACAUAUGAUUUAACUUUCAGUGAGCUAAAGUCCAGUCUGAAUGUAAAGAAUGGAGAGAUUAGUGAGAUGAAGAUCAAGUUAGACGACAUGAAAACAUGGAGUGACAGAGAGAACCAAGCACGGGAAGAACUCCAGCUUCAUUAUCAACAGAGGUUGAAAGAGAAACAGGCAGAAAUUGAUUCCUACAGAUGUUCCAAAGAUUCUGAGCUGCAACAGGAAAGGAAAGAAUUUGAAAACUUCAAGAGAACUCUUCAAAGGAAAUUGACAGAAGUUGAGGAAGAACUGGAUACACAACGCAGAGAAUUGAGUGCAGAAUUUGACGAUGCCUUGAAGAGGAGAGAACAUGAGUUUCGUCUACAAACAGAUGAAAUGAGCACAAAAGUUCUAGAGUAUGAACUGAAGGCUAAGCUGCUGGGUAAGGAGAUGGAGAUGAUGAAGGAUGCACAGGACAGGAAUACCCAGGAUUACAGUGAGGUGGAGAGGAACCACAGACAGCUGGAGAAAGCUCUCAAGGAGAAGGAUUGGGAACUUGCCGAUCUAUCCGCCAUGAAAGAUGCAAGGAUAUCUGACCUUGAGAAACAGUUAGAGCAGUCAGAGGUUUCCAUGAAUAGAAUGAAAGAAGACUUCCAGAGAAAACACAGUGAGAUGGACAGAUAUGGACGUGAGAAAGAAGCUGCCCUGGCCAAGGUAAAAGAAGGGUAUGCAGACAGGGAGCAAUCGUUAUCCACUAAGAUCAAGGAGCUACAGUCUUCCAUUGAGGACAACCAAGUGGAGAUCCGCAAACUUCAGUGGGCGAGACAAGACCUGGAGAAGGAGAAGGAUCUACAAACACAAAAGUUACAGGACGAGCUGUGUGAGGUGAAGGAGAAGUGGGACAAGCAUGUUACAAAUAUGUCUCGCAGUCAGGUUAAUAAGGACCUAGAGCUGGAGGCACUCCGGGAGAAUGAGGCCAAGUUGAAAACUGACCUUCAGCAGAGGAAGGAAGACAUUGAGAGGUACAAGAAGGAGUUAAGUCUGGCUGUGGAGCGGGAGAACAGUCUUGAGAGAAGUAAGGCUCAGCUGGAGCUCGACUGGCAGAGACGCUUUGAGGAUCUAGAAAGGCAGCAGUACGAAAAGUCUGAGGACUUCGUAAAGAAACUGACACGAGGCAGGGAUGAGGCAUUGGCAACAGUGAAGGAGAAGGAGCGGGAACUUCAGCACCGUGAGACAUUGAUCAGGACACUUUACCAUGACAGGGAACAGGCCCUAGCCACACUCAGGAAGCAUGGCAUUGCUGUUGAGAAAAACAACAAGAUUGAUAUGGAGAAAGUAUGGUUAACAGCCAAUUCAGAGGAUGUUGAAAGCCUCCAGAAACAGAACAACAGUCUCAAGUCAGUUAUCAAAGAGAUGAGGAUGCAGAUGGAAAACCUAGGACAGGAUCUUCCUGCCCCACAUAGAGACCUGGAGUCUGCAGGACAUCCGGAAAUCAAAGAUCAGGAUUAUGUUGAAAAUCUUCAAAAGGAAGUUCGUUCUUUGAGAAAGAAAAUAAGAGAUCUCGAAAGUCUUGUGGAAGAAGGAAAGCGAUAUGGAAAGAUACCUGUGUCAACCUCUUCUGCCUCUGAACAGGAAGUGAUGGCAGAAGUAAAAGACAACCCCACACUCCGACACCACAUAAGUUCACUGAAUGAAAACAUUGGUGCAUUUAGGUCGGAAAAAGUCGAGCUGUCUGCUCAAGUGAAGAAACAGCAGGCCAGGAUACAACACCUGGAGAAGACUGUAGAGCAGCUAUCUAAAGAGCCCCGCCAGAAGCAGGUAGAAGUGGACCAGCUGAGGUAUGAUCUUAGUGCUAGAGAGAGGCGUAGCCAGGCAGAGAUUGCAAGCAUGAGACAAAGAGUGUCAGACCUGGAGAUGCAGCUCGCUGAAUCCAGAAAGGAGAGUGAUGAGUAUUACCGUAGCAACUUGGAGAGGAACAUGGAGGUAACAGGACUGCGUCAAGAGAUUUCAGCCCUGAAACUGGACAUGGCUGACAAGAGACCAACUGUAAAUUUUGGAGCACAGGAGUUGAUGAUUCAGCAGCUAGAAGAUGAGAUCUCACGUUUGAGACAGCAGGCCCCAGUGCCAGAAGGGUCUGUGGAUCUCAGCUGGAAUGGUCCCACCAAGAAUUCCACAGUGGAGCUACAGGCUAAACUGAAGGUUGCAGCAAAACACAUUGCACAGUUAGCAAAGGAGAAACAACAGCUCAUUGAAAUGGGUAAUCGUCUGAGAGCAGACCUCAAGAAAGCAGGUGUGAACCCUUCUCAUGGUCCUCCAACAUCUGUUGCCUCCACUAACAAUCAGAAUGUCAUGUCACAAGAGAUGCUUAGUAGACUUGGUCAGCUAGAGAGUCUACAAUACCAGCUUACCAGACAGCAACUGCAAUAUGCACAGAAGUUUCCACCAACGAAGCAUGAGGAGAGAGAUGUUGAUUCUGAAGUUGAGGGGAGACCACCAUCCAUCCUCAAGAAGUCUAUAGACUUUGCCGAGACUGACGAUAUCAUAGAUGUACGAGCUAGUCACGAUACACUAGACUCACGGAGGUCUGGGAUCACCGACUCUUCCAGGGCACCAUCCUAUCAAGGGAAUACUUCUCAGACUCGAGAACAGUUCCUGAUGAGCAUGUCAUCUGUUGGUGGCGAAUCUCUCCAGGAAAUCUGGAAGAUGAUGGAGGAGAGACCGAGUCCGAGUCCAUUCACACCUCAUUACCUGGACAAACAUGGUGAAUACCCGACCAAUAAUUCUAAUCAAAGUCUGGAUAGUUCAGGAGAGCUUGUUCUAAAAGGGAGAAAACCUAGUAUGGUAGUAAGAAAUAAAUCCGACACUAAAUUAACAGAAAGAGCUGCUGGCAAGAAAGGUGCUGCGAAAAAUGUGCGGAAACCUAAAAUACGCAACUAUAAUGAUACUGGGGUCCGGUGACAGUAGAUGCCAUUGUCAUUGUGGGAACAGCUGUAGGAUUGGCACCGACAGUUUGAAGUUAUUAAAAAAAAAUCUUUUUAAGAUUAUUAUAGCCUGAUCACAUUCCAUGUUCUUCCUACAUGAUUUCAUUGAAAACUGCAGAAAGAAAUGAGUAUUAGUGUCAGUAGCUGAUGAUGUCUGGUAAAUAGAAUCUGUGUAAUGAGGUUAAUGUCUCGGUGUGGUAGGAUGAUCCAUAUCUGACCAAGUACUCAUAUAUCUAUCUCAUUCUCACUGUGGGACGGAUUGUUUGAAUACAAGUGGACCAGUUAGAGCUUAAUAGAAGAUUUUGAUACCUACACUACCAGGUAUGUAACAGAAGAUACCUUUACAGUUAGUCUGUGACAGAUAUAUCAUACCUACACUACCAGGUAUGUAACAGGAGAUACCUUUACUAUUAGUCCGUGACAGAUAUAUCAUACCUACACUACCAGGUAUGUAACAGGAGAUACCUUUACAGUUAGUCUGUGACAGAUAUAUCAUACCUACACUACCAGGUAUGUAACAGAAGAUAC